ACGUCUCUUGGGCGCCGGGGUGGGGACGCCGUUUCGGGGCUGCAGAGCCGAGGCGGGGCCGGGCGGGGGGCGCGCGCUCCGUCCGCCUGGCUGCGGACCCCGCUCCGACCGGGCUGCGCGGCUGCUCUGCGGGGGGAAGAGCGGAGGCGCGGCGUCGCAGUUGUUGGCACGUCUGGAUGAGAGCUUCUGCCUGCCUCGGCUGGAUCCAUGAAGGCCUCAGCAGGGCUGGGAUCUCCGCUGCAACGCAGAGGGAUUGCCUACAGGAUCAAGGCCACACCUUCCUAUGUGGACGAAUCCCUCUUCAGCAGCCACAGAAAACACCAGCCCGCCGGACCGGAUUUUGAGCCUCCCUGGAGGGAUGGAAAAACAUGGGGUCAGAGACCCCUGCUGUGGAGUCCGGAGACCACACGGGUGGAUGCCGGUCCCUUGAAAUCCCCCCCACCAGCCAGCACCCCACGGAAGAGAAACAAAUACAGGCUGAAAAGCCACACUCCGUCCUACUGUGAUGAGACCCUGUUCGGGUCAAAACCAGGAGGACAAGAAUGGACAGCAUCCUGGGCAGCGAGAGAAGAUGUGGCUAAGCUCCGCCCUUUGCUCUGGACUCCGCCUUCAGCUCCAAGAGACCUGCCGGCCCUUUUCCGCCAUCCGAAGAUGGUCACCUCUCAGGGGAAGGACAGAUUUGAAGCAAACCGCAGAGUAGAAACCUCUUUGGGGAAGCAGCCUGCAAACUAUUCAGACACGGCCACCCAGAUCAUGGGAAGACCACGCUCCCAGUCCUUCACCAGACUGUAUAAUGCUUCCGAUCGAUUUCAUCCAGCAGGGUCAAAUAAACAGCAGGAUCAACGCACGUCCACUGCUGCUCCAGGCCCUCUUCCCACUCCGUGUUUGUCUGCCCGGGCGAGCAGUUCCCGUAAAGAAAAGCCCCCUUGGAAAUAGAACGGUCAGAUGAAUCCUGUGAAUGGAGGACUCUCUAAAUCAGUGUUUUUCAAACUUAGCUACUUUCAGAUGGGUGGACUUCAACUCCCAGAAUUCUGCAUGGCUGGCUGGGGAAUUCAGGGAGUUGAAGUCCACCCAUUUUAAAGUGGCCAAGUUUGAGAAACACUACUCUAAAUGAGGAGAACGUAUAGAGAAUAAUAGCACUGGUGGUGGUUUCUUGACAUUUCUUUGGAGGCUUUUGAUGAUGGGCUAGUGAACUGUAACGACCUUUCUCUAUGUGGGCAACCUGUGUGGGGCACAAACCAUGCAAAAUGAGGGUGGAGAUUGCAUGGCCGGUUAAGUGAGCCCAGAUGGUCCGUUUUUGCACCUUUAAACCAGGAGCUCCCCAUUUUUCUGGGCAUUAUGGAUAUUCACAGAACAGGGCGGGUCACACCCUCUGCGACAAUCAUAAAACACCCAUUAUUAGAAAGUGAACCAAUCCGUUGUGCCCACGUACCCCCAGUGGCUUCCCACGAUUCUUUUUAUUUUUCGGGGUAGAGAAUCGUGGGCCAAACCAAAGUGGUCAUCCACAGAGCCCUCCAUUUUAUUCUCUAAGGUUGCUUAUGAUGUCUGCAUGAGACUCAGAGAGUUACAGUAAAUACAGGUUAUGCUUGAGCCUGAUGGCUUGCUCUGCAGUAUCUUAGCUUCCUGUGUACUUUAAAAUUAAAGUAGUGCUUAAAGCAAAGUCGGGUGGGGCCAAUAGACUACCUGGCACUGAGGGAGGUGUUGUGGCUGCCAUUGUGGUUUGCUUCGUUGUCAUUAGUGAAUAACUUGGCCAAGUUGACAUAACACAUUCCAUUAUAAACAAGCAAACUGC